UGGAAAUAUGUGUAUGCGUAUCAAUCUGGAGAACCUGCUCUGAACUUGAACAGUAAGAGGAUCCUGAAGUCCCUGCGCGCGGGACAUGCGGCAGUGUGGCAGGUCCAGGCUGGUUCUGGCCGGACGGGAGAGGGGACUGCGAGCCCGAGUGGGUCAGAUGAAGAAGAGGCUGUGUCUGGGUCACACCAACCGUGUGGAAAUCCAGCUGGACCUGGAGCCGGGGGUUUGGCUCCGGAGCUUCCACCUUCUGGACACUGAACACCCCAGUCCGGAUCCAGUGCAGGAGUGGGGGGAGGAAGUGGAGGAUGGAGCGGUGUAUGGGAUAACCCUACGAAGAGAGCCUGUCCAGCAGCCCUCCAACCCCGAUGAGGCCCAGCCCGCCUUCAGCUUUGUCCAGUACCGGACGUGCAAGUUGCGCAGGCUCAAAGCCGCCACCCUUAACAGACUGGUCACCCACCUUCUGGACCCAGCCUAUCAGGAACAGGACUUUGUGCCCAUCUUCCUGUCCACGUAUCGAUCCUUUUCGGACACAAACACGCUCAUUGAACUACUCUUCCAGAGGGAUGACAUGGUGUCCGAUUUGGACAACAGCGAUUGCCAAAAGAGCUCCCUGCUGCCCCUGAUCCAGACCUGGCUGGAGGAGUACAGUGAGGACUUUCGGGACCCACCUCAGCACCGCUCCCUGCGGCUGCUAUCCGUCCAUCUGCGUCACCGGCCCUGCUUCCGACGCCUGGCCCAGCGUGCCGACGCCUUGCUGAAGAAUUUCCAGAGUAAAGACCGCGGGUCCUGUGGUCAGUCCACGCCAGCUAGGGAGUCUGCCGUGUUGGAGGAGGAGGGGGCAGUGCCAGAAAGCCCAGAGUGGGAGAACACUGAGGAACUGGGGGAUUUCAUGGACUUCCCUGUCAGAGACAUCGCAGAGGAGCUCACGCGACUGGACGCUGAGCUCUUUGCCAGAGUUGUCCCCUUCCAGUGUCUGGGCUGCGUCUGGUCCCAGCGAGACAAGAAGGAGAGCAGAAACCUGGCCCCCACCGUCCGGGCCACCAUCUCUCAAUUCAACGCCGUCACCAACCGGGUCAUCACCUCUCUGCUGCGCCGCCCGACCGCCACGCCCACCUCCUCUCGGCGCCCGCCGCCCGGCCCCGCCCAGAGAGCGCGCGUCAUUGAGAAGUGGAUCAACGUGGCUCAGGAGUGCCGGCAGCUGAAGAACUUCUCCUCCCUCAAAGCCAUCCUGUCAGCUCUGCAGUCCAACGCCAUCUACAGACUGAAGAGGACCUGGGCGGCAGUCAGCAGAGAAUAUGUGACCAUCUUUGAAAACCUGUGUAAAACCUUUCCGGAUGAGAACUGCGUGCUGACCAGCAGGGAGAUCCUGGUGGAGGAUGGGAGCCAACAUGGUGAGGAUAACUCUGCUUCCAGGUUUCCGAAACUGUGCUCCAUCCCCAGACAGAUGAGCACCACUGGUGGCAUUGUCCCAUACCUGGGGACUUACCUGACUGUCCUGACCAUGCUGGACACUGCACUGCCCGACACCAUGGAGGGUGGCCUCAUCAACUUCGAAAAGCGGAGGAGGGAGUUUGAGAUUCUCUCUCAGAUUUGUCAGCUCAAGAGCUCCUGCUCUCAGUAUGACCUACCCCACCACCCACAUAUCGCCCCCUGGCUGCGGGGCCACAAGCUGCUCACCGACCAGGAAAGCUAUGAAUUGUCACGUGAACUGGAGCCCCCAGUCGACCCCUGUCCCACCUCCCCUAGCAGCUGGAGCCACCGCCUGCUUACCAAAAAACUUUCCUCAUUGCUGACUGUGAGUGAGGGAUCAGGACGGAAGACACACGCCGACCAGAUCAGUGUGUCGUCCUCUGGAUCCAGCGGGUCUGAAAUGGAAGAUCUCUCCACACCACAGUCCUCACCCGUCAGGCUCAAGCUAAAGUCUCUGUCCAGGUCCUGUCACGAUGUGGCUGAGGCUUUCCCCACCGCUGCCUCUGAAUCCUGCUCCCCCUCCGGCUCCUCCUCGUACUCCCAGCCGGACCUCUCUGCCACCUCUCUGACCGCCAUUAGCUCAGACUCUGCCCCCGUCGCCCAGCACCAGCGCUCCGUGUCUAUGACAUCGCUGCCGCUCUACAACAAGCAGGUGGCCGACUCCUGCAUUGUGAGGGUCAGCGUGGAGUGUGGCAACAAUGGCAAUGUCUACAAAAGCAUCCUGUUGACCAGCCAGGACAAGACUGCACAGGUGAUCCAGAGGGCCCUGGAGAAGCACAACCUGGAGGAUGUAAGCUGCCAGGACUUCACUCUCAGCCAGGUGCUGUCUCAGGACAAAGAGCUACGCAUUCCAGACAAAGCCAAUGUGUUCUAUGCCAUGUCCACAUCCGCCAACUACGACUUCAUCCUGCGGAGACGAUGGAGAAGCUAUCGAAGACCUCUGGGAUCUUCCUCCAGUUUGGGCUCUCUGACAGGAGGGCGGCAUGCCAAAUAACAGUGCCAUCUCUGGCGUGGAGGAGUUACUGCAGCAGAAAAGGGGAAAAGAUCUAAAACAUUGUUUCGACAGGCUGAGGAUCUAAAGAAAUUUGAACACAGUCUUUUUUUGGAAAUGUUUGUUUGUAUUCUUUGUUAUUAUUGGCUUGUCUUUUAUUCAAAUAAAUAUACAUGUGAAAAGUCAGAACAGACUUAAACAUGGACCUGACAUCUUAUUUUCACAUUGAUGUGACUGGCUAUCAGCAUGACCUGACUUUGAAAAAAGUGCUGAACGAAAGAAUCAUGAUGGACAUGUUUUUGAGGUUACAAGGUUUUAGCGCGUCAACAGCCAGUCCUACUCUUGUAUUCUGCUAUGUGGGACAAACAUGUAUGGUUUUUGCUCCAGACAGAAACUGAAAACAUAAAUAUGGAAGGAAAACUACGAUGCACUUUAUGAAGAGUACGAGCAAGUCGAUGCAAGUUUCAGAAUACCUUGGAAGAUGUGAAAUGUUGGGAUAUCAAAUGGAACCGGCGGGAUGGGACAUUGUGUGGAACAUCGGAACGCCAUAUUGUGUGGUCUGGAUGACAGUUGAAAAGAAGCCUUGUUGGGUUUUUAUUCACAGUUGUAGCAUGCAUUUAGGACAUGCUUGUUAUAAAUGGACUCAGUUAAGACAAAUUCCUUAUGUUUGUUAGUUGUUCAGGCAACAAGCCACCUGCUGUCUGCAUAAAACUGACACAGAUAAGCAAGUUGUAGCACAUAGGCAUACUAAUUAUUUGUUGUACAUGGUAAGAUGUGCCUACAGUUUGUAGCUCUGUAAAAGUUUUCUCCUCUAACCCCCUAGUUUUUAACACUUCAUUAACCAACAUGAUUAAAAAAGCACUGUUGUUGAGAACAAGGCUUAAUUUGUAGGUAGAAGGAAAGGGACAGGGAAAAGCUUGAAAAUCUUGGAAACUAGAUUCCUCUUUGGAGUUCCCAUGUAAGGGGAGGGGUGCUGGUUGGUGGUGACCAACCAGCAAUGUAGGCAGGGAGUCUGUUUGGCAGACUCUGCAGUGGCUUCCUUGAGCAAGCUUGUGGACAGGAGGGAGAGAUGACAGACAGGAAUGUACCCAGCCAGGUCCCUGCGUUCCCUGGACGGAAGAGAAGUGACACUUCAUGUGACUGAAGAAGCUGGCCUAAAGAAUGCUGACUGCCCUGCCGGCUCGGUUGCAUUCCACAGCUGCCAGAGAGGACGAUUAUUAGAACGUAGAGAGAAGCCAGAGCAGUAACAACGAUAACGAUAAUCUCAGAAUCUGAGUUCUAAAUGGUAUGUUGCAUUUCAGUAUUAGUUCUGCGAGGGAAUAGAAGAAAUAUAUUUUUGUUGUAGUGCUUUAUAGUUUCUGUAGGUUUUGUUAGACUUGUGUUGCGUAGUCCAACGUCACUUGUCAAACAAUGCCUGAACUGGAUCACUCCUCUGAACCAAGUGUGUCGGUGUCUUUUUUUUUCUGUUUUCGUGCUCUGUGAAAACUGCCAUUCCCCUCUGGUCUGGGUUUCCUUUGGAUUUUGCAUUCAUUCACUGAGUUUCAACAUGAACAUAAAAUGUGCCGACUGUAUUGAAGUGUCUUAACUAAAGGGGUUGCCAUGGCACCCCUUUAGUGUGGGAAUGCAUUACAUGUAUUCUUAUUGCAGUUAAUGGCACCAUCUUGCAUCAAGCUGUGAGAAUCGAACAGGAGAUUGGAAUGGACAGCCCAGUGAGAGUGCACUGUGAUGACAGCAGAUGCUGUGUUCAGGGGUGCGGAGUAUUGGUUAAACUGCAGGGUGUUGCUUUAUUUAAGUUUCACUGGUGUACCCUCUCUUUAUUUGAGAGGGAGAGGCCAUCUUUUUAAAUGUUUGUCCAUUUUUCUGUGUUAAAUGAAGGAUAUGGAUUGUGUGUUGUCUUUUU